AUGGCCACCUCCUUCCAACCCAACGUGCACUACACCUUCGGGUCGCCCCUGUCUGCUAGUUCUAUCUUCGGCACGCGUCAGGCGUCGAAUAUUCUGGACCAGGAGAGUUACUCGAACAGCACCUUUCAAUCCGGAAGUUCCAGACAUGUGUCGAGAAGAGUCAGCAGCAGUGGGAACACCGCACUGGCGGAUGUGGUUAACACUCUCACUCGACGGAGCAGCGAUGCGAUGAUGGCAUCCAAAAUCAAUGAUGCCGACUAUGAGACAUUACUGAACUGGAUCCGAGCUGAACGGAUGGGGAAGCUACCCCCUGAGGGAAGCAGCUACGACAAGGCCCUAGUCUGGGCUGUUUUGUUCGUGGGACGCCUCCAUUCCUUCGAUUCAGCCAUUGGACACUUCGCCGGCGACAGCCACAUGGCGGCUCAGCUGGCCUAUGUAUAUUGUGCUAAUUUGCUUGAGCUCGGAGAGCAAAAUGCAUCCGCACUUCAAGACCUCUUCGGGUUCUUUUACCGCUGCUCGACUGGGCUCGGGAACCUGCUGGACAGGACGGAACUCUUCGAUGUAUCCAAGGAUAUCAAGGACCAGCUGAUUCUCGCAUUGGCUGACCUUGUUACUCUGGUCGCUGGUGUUGCGGGCCACUUCAACCGCGCCUUGCAGAACUCUGAGACGGUGGAAAUUGACAUCUAUCAUCAAUUUUCCGAUUCGCUCAGCAGCUUUCACAGUCGCUGCGAGACCGUCUCAGACUUGAUGUGGAGGCACCAACUUGUUCGUGAGGGUUUGAAUGGUGAUAAAGUGACCGAAAUCAAGACCAUCAGAAGCUGGCUGGAGCCAGAAGAUCCAGCUCUCACCAAUAUCACCGAAAACACUGCUCAUUUUGCUCAGGAGCGCGAGGAGUCAACUUGCCUCUGGGUGUCCCAGUACUUGACCAGGUUCCUCAAGAGUAACAACCAAGUCCUCUCCUUUGUGGGCAAGCCGGGCUCCGGUAAAUCAAUCUUGUCAACGGUCAUCAACGACCAUUUGCAGCAUCCAGUUGGAGGUGUGACCUACAAGCCAAUUUUUGCGCCAAUCAAUGGCCGGGUGGCUGCGAAUACCACGCCACGGGCUAUUGCGAAGACAAUCCUGUCCCAGCUGUUCGGCAAACGCAUCGGCAAUGUACGCCUCUAUCAGAUCCUAGCCGAUGCAUAUGAGCGCAGCCAGAGAACUGUUGACGAAGAUGCGUACGACAACAUUCUCUGGAAUGCCUUGGGCAAUUCGCUCAAUGCCAGUCUGAAGAACGCCAAAGAACUUGUUCUGGUCGUCGAUGGCGUUGACGAGGCCAGCUGCGGCGAGACACCUUUGUUGCGAAAGCUCCAAGAGGCUGUUCAGAACGCCGGUAAUGUGAAAUUGAUUGUUUUUGGCUCCCAGAAGCCGAAUCAAUUCCCGUCUCAGACUACGGUGAACGUCACUCCAGAGCUGAUCUUCGAUGACAUUGCCGCUGUGGCACGUAAGAUCCUGCAACAGAGUCACGCCUUUAAUUCUAUGUCGGAAGAUGAUCAGGAGCUCAAUGUGACCCGGAUUGCAGAGGCCUCACAGGGUUCCUUCCUAUGGGCCAAGCUUGCUGCGAAGCGUGUUCGGGAUGAGCAUCCAACGAACGCAAAUUCUCUGACAAGGUCUAUCCAGAGCAUUGCCAACGCGGGAUACAGCGUCACUGCUCUGGUUUCCCAGUCCCUGCAUUCGAAGUUGAAUGAUGAUGGGAAGAAGAUUGUAACUUGGCUCGCAACUGCGGUCCGCCCACUCAGCAAGAGCGAAUUGACAUCUCUGGUAUCUAUCGAUUUGAGCAAGGGCUCGUAUACCGAGCGAGAUAUUGAUAUCCAGCAUACUCUUAAGCCUGUUGCCUCGCUCGUGUUCAUUCAAAACAACAUGGUCUUCCUUAGACAUGGACAAAUUCGCUCGGCCAUUCUCGACAUCUUUGCCAAGGAAAAGUUCCUUCCGGCCAUCAAGAACCGAAACAGCGAUUUGACGCAAAGGCUUCUGUUCUACACUAAGCAAGCCGUGACUGAGAGCCACGACCCGUCUUUGAGUCCUCUGGACGAGAAGGUUACUCAGACCUAUCUGGAUAAGCACCCUCUUCUGGACUUCGCCCUUCGGUACUGGGUGAAUCACGCCAGCCUGGCGUAUGGUUGCACCACUGAUCGGGAGAUUGUCACGGCGGGAAAUGAACUGAGAUCUGUUAUCCCAACCUCUCCCACGGUCCCCUUGUUGGAGAUGACUGUAUGGGAGGGCAAGUCGACCCCGGCGCUCAAGUCACUGCAUGAGACCCAGACGCGUCUCUACCGCCAGAUCCUGACAACCAAUCAUCCCACUACGCUCCAAGCAAUUCUGUGCCAGGCUCUUUUCUAUCGACGCAUCCAUGAUAGCCUACCUGCGCAGGUCAGUCAGAUCUUUUAUGAUGCGGCAGUGAUCAGUAAAGAUGUGCUUUCCGAGAGUCACCUCAUCACGAUGCAGAUGACCAAGUUCUAUCUGGAAACCACUGCAGACCAAGUCAUUGAGUCUAAGACCGACGUCAUGAUCAAGCGUGUUCAGAUGCUCGAACUGCUUGUGGAAUGUUACAAGAUCCAUUACGGAGCCACAAGCACCAUAGUGACCUCCACAUUGACCCAGCUGUCCCAGCACUACAUUUCCAUCAAGGAGGAACACAAAGCUAAAGAAAUUGAAGAAUGGCUUCACACCACGACAGAAAAGCAUCACACGCGCAAUCAGAGUAAGACUCGACAGGUUGAUGGGUCGUUGCUGGUUCACAUCCGUGGCCGUCAAGAUACCUACGACCAAGGCACUACCCUCACUUGGGAGAAUAUUGAAACUGACGAGCUGAUUUCUUGGACGGUGGAUGUCGAAAAUCUCUUUAGUCGGGCGGAAAAGGCCGUAGCUGCGGGACACUGGAGGGAGGCAGAAAGCCUCUACGUUGAGCUCUGGCAGCACACCAGCAAGGAGUACCGGGUCAAUCGAUCUAGUGAAUGGGAAUUGAGAAAUGCGAGAGAGUCCGAGGCCGCAUCCAUUCUUGAGGGCUUCUGGGAGGAGUAUGAGCAAACCACCUCAAGCUCAGAGGCAGUGGUGUCUCAUUUCCUCGAUGUCGCACACCUUAUGAAGUCAGUUGGUUUGUCUCGAGUAGCGCUCAACGUGUUCAAGCAUAUCUCUCGGAACAGCACUCGGCAAAGCUCCACCUAUCAGGAAGCCGAGCAGUACAUCCAGUCCACAAGUCGGGAAAUUAUGCAGAGCACCAGCUUCGAGUCGUUCCAGACUGAGUCCAGCCUGGAGGAAAUUGUGUACCAGUCUUCCAGCACUGAUGAAGUCACUAUAAAGGCUUCCAAUAAGCUGUUGGAACUGUAUCUGUCUCAGCACCGGUGGCAGGAUGCGACUAAGGUCUUGAAACAGCUUCUGCGCAGCAUCUGGCCGGCGUUGUUCGCCCCUUCUCUGGAUGAUGUCGUCCUUCCCUCAACCAAUCUGAACAGGGCUAUCGAGCUAACGGAGCGCCUGAGCAACUGCUAUCGGUCCCGACGUUAUCAGCUUAAGGAAGAAGAUAUCCGAGUUCGUCUCUAUCGCGCCGUUCGGCGUGAUCGACCCGCCGGUGAUCAGCUACUUGAGAAAGUGACAACCAGCCUGCUGCGCCUCUACGAGCGUACCUCUCAGACGGACAAGGUGAUCACUAUCCAUCAAGAUAAGCUCCACGACUACACCAAGCGUUUUGGCGGUAGCCACCCUACCGUUCUGAAGGAGCUGUGGACCUUGGCUGAGCUCACCCGUCCCCGGCCCGUGGCCGUUGACUAUUACCGUCAGAUAGUCUCUAUUUUGAACAAGGAUUCCGAAAAGUGUCACCCAGAUGCUUUCGAGCCCUUGCUUGUGGUGGCUACGGAGCUCCUGAACCAAGGCCGCUACACUGAAGCACUGAAACCUUGCCGGGUGCUGUUCAAUACGCUGCAAAACCCGAAGAUUAGCCCCAAGCUCCAAGACCAAGCCUUUGUGCAGACAAUUUAUGAGCGUUACGUCCACUGCCUACGCAUGGUUCAGAGCGAUACUGCUUCGAUUCAUGAUGUGACAGUCCAGUAUCGGAAAUCGUGCAUCAGUCUGUUCGGCUCGACUGCUACAAUCACAAUCCAAGCAACCAAGACAUUGGCCCACAUCUGCCUGGAAUCCAAGCAAUAUGAAUCGGAGGCAGUUCAGCUUUACAAGACGCUCCUCGAUACCAGGUCCACUGAUGUCGAGAUCGACUAUGAUGACAUUCGUGCUACGCUGGACACUAUGACUGUAUCAGAUAGUGUCGAAGUCUCCCAAAAGGAGUUCUCCUCCAUGACCGAGUCAGAGGUGCGGAACUGGGUGUCCAUCCGUACCCGCAGCUUGUCUUCCAUCCGGUCUACGCAGGGAUGGGCGCACGAGGAGGCCCUAUCUCAGAUGGAGGAGAUCACCUCCUUGUACACUAAGCGUGGAGAAACGCACCAGGCUGUUUCGAUGCUACAGGAGGCGACCUCUCAGAUUCUGACUUCACAGACCUCAGCCACCCAGCUGACGGCAGCAGCAAAGAGCAUUGUCUCUAGCUAUAUCGAGGCGGGCGAGACCCACAGAGCCAAGGAAUUGAGUCAAGAGCUCUAUCGCCAGCUGAUCCUGAAGGACUCUUCCAACGUGUCUCUCUUCAGCUUCGACGUGACUUCCAGCCAGCGAGAGAACCUGGCCUUCCUGGCUCAGGUUGAGUACAGCCUCCGUGUCCGCGAAGAUUCCACGGUCACUCUGAAUGAGAUCUACUCCACGCUUACCAUGGAGUAUAUGUUCAUGGAGCGCUUCCAGUCCGAAAUCAGCUCCAAGAGUACCAGCCUGCAGACGUUGACAGCCACCGUCCCCCGUUUGUACGGGUUUUUGGUGUCUCGGAACCGCCAGUCCGCGGCCAACCGUGUGAUUGAACAAUUCUCCAACUACUUCCUCAACAAUGAGGGUAGCAGCCUGAAGGUCAACAGUCAUCAGGCUAGAGUGUUUACCGAGACGAUUCUGGAGUAUUUCAGCACACACAAGUCGCGGGAUCUCAUCCGCUCGGUUGCUAUCGCGUCCUACAACCGGACCACGCAGCUGCUGGCAUCAGGCAAUUAUCAGGCAGCAUGCGACUUGGCCUUGACUGCAUUCCGCUACGUCUGGUCCCACCAAGGAUACUCCUCAGAAUCGACCCUUAAGCUCGUGUUUAAGCUGGGAUUGGUCAUUGCCGGUCGUGACCUCAAGGGAGAACCACCGGCGUCCACGCGCAAGGAAAUGCUUAAUGUGUCAGGCACCAUCAUGCGCGACACGCUGGAUUACUUCCAGAGCCACAACAUUGAUAUGGCUCAGCUGGAUCUCGUGAACCUGGAGAGCCUGAUUGGCGUGCUCGAUGAGCAGCACGACUACCAUACGCUUGCUUGGAUUCUCACCUCACUCUGGAAUUCCCGCGAUACUCACGAGAUCUGGAACGCUCAGAGCGACCAGGAGGUUUCUCAGCAACAGUUCCAGUACACUCUGGCUCUUGGCCGCUGGCUGGUCAUUACCCGUUACCUGAUUGGCGACUACACGGCUGCCAUUCGGUUGGCCGAGGACAUCGUCUACAACUGCGCGCGGGUUCAGGGACCACGUCACUCCAGCACGGUGGAGAUGACUGUCCUCCUUUCCCAGAUGUACACCAGCGUGGCACAGGGCUACCAGAACCAGAAGGACCGUCGCGAGCUGGCCUACCGGUACUACAAGAAGGCCGCGGCGGUGCACGAGAACGCACUGCGCUACUUCAUUGAUCCGACCUCGAUCUCCGCAUCGGAGAUGGAGGGAGGCGUCCUCUCGGGUCUCUCCUCGCCUGCUUCUAGCCCUGGAGUGGGCACAGAGGACGAAGGAAAGUUUGUGCGCAAGCAUCUGCACCUGCUUAAGCUUGCUGUUGAGCGCCUGGGCGACUGGCCGAAGGAAUACUCCGAGUACGAGCGCCUCAACAGCGACCUGUUCCGGACCUACUCCAACGACCUCAAGGGCGUGGAAGGAAUCGAAAAAUGGAACCUGAAGCGGUUCGGUUCCGGUCGCGCUGAGGCUAGUGAUGACCUUCUCUCGACUGGCAUCGAGAACCAGGGCGUGGGCUUCUAUGAACGCCUGGCUAUUGCCGUCUAAGCUUACAUCACCAGGUUUGUGAUGCAGCAAAAGUGUUUUCUGUUUUAGUGGAUUCUCUGGAUAAUUCAAUUUGUGUACGUAGUUACCAUGGAAAAUAAGGACACAGGAAGCACUCAAAAACGGGCAAAACCAGAC